AUGCUGUUGUCACGAACUGCCUACCGCGCUGCUCUUCUUCACCUGACCGUGAACCCACUCAUUGCCCGUGCCGCAAUUCCAAGCGCCAGCCUAAAGACCACCUCACACCUCCCAACCUCAAACUCAAGACUAUACAACGUCCUCUUCCCUCAGUGCUCGCCUCUCAGCAAUCUUGAACAUAGUCGCCAGGCACACACAAUGUCAUCAAACACCGAAACCCCCAAAGAGGACACCAAGUCCCAGUCGGAAGAUAACGUCUCUCCGCCCUCAGAACAACUCUACCUCCCCUCCAGCGAAACCAGCGACCAAACACACCGUCUCGACCUCAGUGCUGAAGGCGGUUCCACAGUCAGCCUGGAUCACUUGGGACCGAUGGUCGUCAACGUGGAUGGAACACUCGCGCGGAUUGGAAACUGGGAGCAGAUGACGGACAUCGAGCGCAAGAACACACUACGGAUUCUGGGCAAGCGGAAUAAGCAGCGCCUGGCUGCGUUGAGGGCUGCGGAAGCUGAGAAAGAGCAGAAAUAA